AUGUUACAUGGACUAGGACUAGGAUUAGAGGUGUCUGAAGCAAUCUUGUCGUCUUUUCUCUUAGAGACAAAUGCGCUAAGGAAUAUCCAAGCAGAUAUGACGAUAUUGUUAGAGACAAUAGAGAAGAUCCUACGAUCUGAAUCUUUUCAGAAUAAAGAUACCACGAUUACAAAGGAAACCAUCUUAAUGAUUCAACGAUAUAUGGAUUUGUUCAUUAAAGAAGCUGUUAUUCGAUCAUACGAAAAUAAAGUUGCCACGCAGGUCGAAGAUUUUGAUGAUGAAGAGGAUGCUGAUGAGGAAGAUAAGACUAUUGAAUUGACACAUUUGGAUCUGGAGCGGAUUGUUGGAUUGUUGCUUAUGGAAUUAUGA